ACGAACGUGAACGUGUUCUAACAGGAUUUACUAAAGAAGAAGAAAGGUAAUACUACUAAUCAGCUUCUUACUAAAAACAAUUCUAAAUAAUAUUGUAUUCACCAAUUCUUUCUACAGUUUUACCAUCUGAAAAGAUCAUUCUCCCAGCUUCUUCUUAGAAUUCCACAUCCUCCAACUUCCUUAGCCUGAGUAAAUGCUGAAUAAAAAAUGGAGUCCAAACAACAGGAGGACCUCCCAGCGUCUGAAGUUAUCCCUCUCGCCUUGCCCAAAGGAACAGAAAAGUUGUGUGAGCUGUGUCAAAAACGAGCUUACUUACAGUGCGCCAGGUGCCGGGUGACCUUUUACUGUGAUACAGAACACCAGCAAUUUGACUGGAAAGGAAUCCAUGAGAGGAUUUGCCAGUUGCUCAUUCCCAUUCGCACCCCAUCGCUCUUUAGUAUGCAGCGGGCCGGCCGCAUCGAAAACAUACUGAAAACGAAAGAGCUGAUUGAAAUCUGCAGGUUGGUCGCAGAGAGCAAACUCUCUGAGGGCAAGCAUCAGGAGGCCGUGCCCGCCGCCCAGGCCUGUCUCCGCUGUUCCGUAGACGUGUACGGACCCAACACGGUCCAACUGGUGCCCGCUUAUGUGUUGCUGGCUGAUGCCAACAUGGGCAUGGGUAAUGUGGCUCUGGUGGUGGAGCUCCUGUCACAAGCAGAGUGGGCGGUGCUGAAGAGUCCUGAAUGUGGAAAUGAUGUCCACCACCGGCUGCACAGGAGCAUGGGCUGCCUCCACACUGCGACUGAAAAUUUUCAAACAGCUCUUUUUCACUUUGCGAACGAUAUAUAUUUUGCCAGCGAGGAGUAUGGCCUGGAAAGCACCGUGACAUGUGGAGGUUACUUCCACAUGGCGAAAGUAUUUGCCAAACAGGGAAAGCCCUCUGUCGUUCGUUCCCUGUACAAAGAGGUGGCAGAGACCUGGCACACUCAUCUCGGCAAACUACUCGGGGAGCACAUCCAAAACAAAAGAAAGGACCAGAGCAAGUUGGAGCCUUCCUUUGAUAAAGGGCAGCGAGUGGAGGUGGACAAGAUGCUGACAACCAUUUUGGACUUCGAGCAAGACGACUCCAGAAGAGAACCGGCCCAGAUCGCCCUGGUGGCUCACGCCCUGGCCAUGCUCUCCUUCCUCGGAGGGGACGCCUCCAAGGCACUGGGAUUUGGACGCACGGCACUGCAAGCCAGCCAGAUGAUACCAAACCAUGACCUGACGGAGCCCAUCCGGGCCUUGUUACAGCUGGUCAGCACAGCUCCACAGUCCACUCCUGGAUAGGCGCCACACCCAGCUCACACAAACCAACACAAGCUUCCUUCACUUCAGCCAUUCAGCGACCACUGAGCUCAAUAUGAUUUAUAUUUGUAUGAAAGAAAAGUUAUAUCAUAACAUUACGGACUGGACUUUUUUGUCACAGUGCCUGCGUGAGCAAACCGAGCCAUAAAUUCCCCCCAAAAUGCGAGCGUCCUCCACUAAUAUGGAGAAGCUGAAUAUUAAAUAUAAGGAAAAUACUUCAUCAAACUCACCAUCGAAACCUUAUUGAAUAUGUUUUUACUAUUAUUUGAGUGUAAAAAUAAGUGAACCACUUCAUAUCAUAAAAGUAGAUGAGGACUGACAACAUAAAAGGAAAACUGCUCCUUUCGGGGGGGAUUUCGGUGCAAAAACGUGGUCUGCAUUCCAUGUAGAUCGUAGUGGAUACACUUUUUGUUAGUUAUAACCAACAUAUGUAAAAAUGAAUAACUUUUUUUUGUUGUUUUUAUUCAGUGACACUUCUCUGUAGGUUUGUGAUUUUUGUUUUUUUUUUGUUACUUUUUUUUCUUUUAGUCAAUUCGUGUGAUUCUCUAUCUGCUUGUGGUGAAGAGGAAGGCAGUACAUAGCUACCCACUAGGGGGUGAUUUUUGUAUUUUUUAAAAUUAUUAUGUUUUAUUAUUUAUUUAUUUUUUUGUUUUCUGUUUUCUCAGUACCUGUAUUAUGAUUUCCGGUCAAAUGAAUAAACAAAUAUUAUAUAUUUUA